AUGGCAGCGCGAAAAGCAAUUACUCCCACAGUGCGGCCGGUGAGGACGUCCAAAAGAGCUGACAAAUCAUCUCCUGCAUUUAUGGAAAGAAUGCCAUCUGAGAUCCUGAUCAAGAUCCUGUCAUACCUGGACGCCUCCGCUCUUUUCAGCAUCAGUCACAUCAACAAACUCUUCUAUCAGCUUGCCAAUGAUAAUUCCCUGUGGAAGAAGAUCCACAUAGCAGAGUUUAACAAGAAGAAAAAGUCAAAACAUGAGUGUAUGGACGAGGUGCUGCCGAAGAUGGCCACAGUUGAGGUUCGUGAUCAGGCUGUGGGCUACUGGAAGUGGCUGCACUUCAAGACCGUCGCCGCAUGUGACAUGAACAAGUGGAAAAGACAUCUUGGACUCAUCAGCCGUCACACUGGGCUGCCCAGCCAAACAGAGCGGGUCCUCAGAAACUUGCACGUCACUUGGGAGCUAACGGUGUCUGAUAAGUCAGGGCAUGAGGCCACUUUUGAGCUGCGCCGGUCCCAGUUCUUUGAGACUUCUGUGACUCUGUGCUGGAGUGGAGGCUGUUUGCCCGACUACCAGCAGAUUUCUACCCUGCAAGUCCAUGGUGUCAGGAGGAUAGCUCUCAACUGCCCCGGCCUAAAGAAACCUGGCUGGAGGUCCCUCAUGGCGAAGUUAGACAUGGAGACUCUAACAAAAAACGCACAGGGUUUUGGCCAGGACAGACUGGUUGAACUGAAGCUGCUACAGCCUGGCGUCAUUGUUGGGGUCUGGAAAGACCAGCGCUGCAUUGCCUUUCUCAUGUUCACCCUUCACUUCCACAGGCUGGUGGAAAAAAGUGUCCAGGGAUCCUCUGAUCGCCCCUAUGUGGAGUCAAUGGUCAACCCCCCAUUUGAUGACAUAGACCCUGAAUACGGUCUCCAUGGUUACCAACUACACAUUGUUCUCCACGACACUGCAUUCGAGAUUAUGUCUGAAAGCUUCUCCCAGCUCUUCUGCCGGAGAACUCAGAUCUGUGACGGACUAAUCCAACUGACUGCCAUCAACAGGACCAGCUUGUCGCAGCACACACCUCUGUCAGGCAGCAUCAUCCUGCCCUGGAAGUGUGAGGCCCUGCAGGGUGCAGUGGAGAAUUGCUGCAUCAUGAGUCUGACUCUGCUGGAUGAAUCCAAGAAACCCUUUUGGUGUGUCAGCUCUCCAGUUUCCAUGAAGCCGGUAAAGAUGCCCACUUCUUAUGACUACGAUGGUGAGCACUUCCUAAUCCACUAUCAGGACUCUGAUGGUCAGGUGAAGAUGAAUCUUGUCUGGAUGAAGGAGCAGAUGCAAUUUUUACUUAUUAGUUUAGUCGUUUAUGUCACUACUUGCAAAGUCAACAAGCAUUUCAGUAGAGAUUACUGAACCUGCAGUAUUUCUGGAACAAGUUUUGAGGUAUUUCAUCAUUAAAGUUGCAUGCUAUGACUUUGCUUCUUCUAAACAAUCAGCAUAAACACCUUGUUUAUAUUGACAGUGUGCCAAAUGUAUCAUCUGAUGCUUCAUUUUAAACUUAAUUGAUGUAUUUACAGUAUAACAGCAAUUUAUAAAGAGAUUCAUUUUUAAUUUCAAUGCUGAAUAAAUUAAUACAUUUUGUAAUGGAUUUAUUAAAUCAUUUGCAAUUUGAUGUAUUUACUUUCUGUUUCAGUUCACCUGUUUGGCCUCCUGUCGGUUGAAUUUUAUGAUGUCUCACCCACAUUUUAUCCUCAAUUUGCAAUCAGUUUGAUAUGAACUUAUGUAGGGUGACCAUAUUUUGAUUUCCAAAAAAGAGGACACUCAGCCCGGCCACGAGAUAGCCUACUUAAAUGAUACUCGCAGUUUACUCAAAGAUUCCUUAU